AUGGCCGCAAAGAUGGCGGCCUUAUUUCGUUGUUAUAGAGUUUCUUUGGCUUGUCGGCCUGUAGUUACGGACGAAAUUAAUUUUUUAAUGCGGAGACAAUGUGCAUCAUUCUCACGCAGAUGUGAUUUAAGUUGCUUAGCGACAGAAAAUGGCAUUUCACCCAUAUCGAAAAAUACAUUUGGAUACCAACAGACCUCACUUGUGGGAUUGCAGGAGAAGAGAUUUUUUACAUCUUCCUCCGUCACCCCUAAUGAUAACCCACAAAUAACAUUUGAAAGCCUUUCGGAUCUGAUAAAAGACAAACUACAAGAAUCCCUUAAUCAUGAUUCCUUGGCAACACACUUGAAAGUUCUUGAAGCUUUGAUCAAGCAUUGGAAAGGGGAAGUGCUAUCUGUGUCUGUCACAAGAACAGCAGCAGAAUUAUCUUCAGAGGAUGUUUAUAGACUGGCAUCACUUAUCUUUGAAACCCAAGAAUCAGUUGGAAAGGAUGCAGUUGAAUUGGCUGCUCCACUGUUCAGAUUUUCUGCAAUGGCUGGAAAUCCAGAUGGAAUGUAUAGCUAUGCAAAACUCCUGGAAACAGGAGAGGGUGGAGUAGAAAGAGACCCCAUUGAGGCUGGAAAGCUUUUCUCAGAGCUUGCAGACCAAGGUCAUCCAUUUGCUCAGUUUACUUUAGCACAUUUUUAUCACAAUGGAAUUGGAAUGAAAAAAGAUUUACAGAUGGCCCUUGAGCUUUAUGAGGCCAGUGCAAAGAAGGGAGUGAGAGAAGCUAACACUAUGAUAGGAAACAUGUAUACUACUGGAGAGAUAGGAAAGGUAGAUCUAAUAAAGGCAGCCAAGUAUUUUACAAAAGCUGCUGAAAAAGGUGAUGUGCCAGCUCUCAUGUCACUUGGUGCAUUUUACAGUCAAGGCACUGGUGUAGAAAAGAAUUUUCAAAAGUCAUUCAAGUGCUACAAAGCAGCAGCUGACCAAGGCCACCUAACAGCCCAGUACAAUGUUGGAGUCAACUAUUUUGCUGGAAAAGGAGUUGAGAAUGACAUGAAGAAAGCAGCUUAUUACUUUAACCUUGCUGCUCAACAAGGACAUGUGUUUGCUCAGAUCAAUCUUGGAAACAUGUACUACUUUGGAUAUGGUGUAGAGAAAAACUGGGAGAAAUCAAGACAGCUUUACAAGGAGGCGGCAAAAAGCAACCAACAUGCUGAGCUUUUGCUUCAAGAACUUGAGCAUGAAAUGGAGAACCUGGACAAAAAUGAUGACCCUUAUUAGUCACGGUAAAAAUGAGUAAAAACGUUUUAGUUGACAUCACUGAAUUGUGAAGCAGGGUUGCAGAACGUUUGUCACCUUGUUUAAAGUGAUCUAAGGAAUAGAUUGUGGGUGGAAAACAAGAGGUUAUUCAGGUGUUAACUUUGCAAUGGAUUGGAACUGGGAAUCAAACAGCUCAAGUACCUCUGUGAACCUAAUUGAAGUCCAGGAUUGAGUGAGCAGGUGCAUUAUCCGGUUAAAUGAUGUCAAGGGAUAUCAAUUGUGUCUUAAGAGGCAGACAUGUUGCCAGGCAACAAUGUAAUGAAAUUUAAAAUGGUAAAUCAUUAAUUUGUGAAAAAACAUUCCUUCAUGCACAGACUGUAUAAACUCUCGUGUGAGAUGAGCAUAGGUUAUAUACUUGAGGAAGAAAAAGCCAUGCAUAUGUGGAACUGUAGGACUUUCUGAUAUUUUGCUGACCUUGACUUGGUAUUUGAGAAGUGCUUCAAGUAUGUAAUUACAGUAUGUGAACAUCAGAGUGGAAAGAAAGGAAAGCUGAGAACAUAGAGGAGAAAGUGAUGGGAAUAUUGGUUCUUGUCAUAAUGUAAUUCCUAAUCACAAAAAAGUUUACUUAUUUGCUUAAUUUUCAUGAUCAGACAAUUUAAGAGAGGUGCAAGUUCUACGUCACUGGUUCAAAGUAUUUGAAUUCUGUCCAGAUGAUAAAAAUGUCUAAAAAUUCAAUUUUAUACAAUUUCUCGUAAGCGAAAAAUUAUACAAUUCAACCUUGGAAGUGUGAUGUUCUGACAUUUUCCUCUUUUUGAUUACAAAAGGCAGCAGCAAAAUUGUGAGUAUGAACACCUAGUUCAUUCAGCUACCUCAGAUGGGUCACGCCUUUUAUUGCCCUUCUAAUUUUCCGUCCCUUUGAGUUAGGAGUAAAAAAUUCGUACUCUUUGGCUUAAUACUAAGUCAGUCUUAUUAUAUAUUUGGAAAAUCAUCAUUUCACUUGACCCAGACGAAAACAGUUGACUGUCAAAGGUUUUCGUCUUCAUCUGAAAGAGAAGCCACGUUACAGGAAAUCUACUUGUGCGCGGUAUGUACUCCUAACUUGUUUUAUUAUUUCGCCUCUAAAGAAGGCCUUCACAUGUUUUUGAAAAAAUUGAAACCGAUUUCCAAUACAACAGUAUUGCAAGCAUAACAUACCCUGACGUGAUGCUUAAGAUAAAGUGCUUUGUAGAAGUUGUUCAUGAGGAGUGAAACGAAAAAGCUUUACAAUUGAAGAGUACAAGUCAUUAUAAUUUUGAUACUCUUUUUAUGUGAAAUAUUAAAUAAUCUCUCUCUCUCUC